AUGGUCAUCGCGUCGUAUCGGGCUCCGAAGACGGUACGAUGCGGUUCUGGGAUGCAGAAACAGGCGAGCAGAUAGGAGAGCCACUUGAAGGACAUACAGAUCCGGUCUGGUCGGUCGCAUUCUCGCCGGAUGGUCGCCGUAUUGCUUCUGGCUCAGAUGAUUCGACAGUACGACUCUGGGAUGUAGAGGCAGGCAAGCAGCUUUGGGAGUCGCUUGGAGGACAUACAGACUCGGUCAUGUCUGUGGCAUUCUCACCGGAUGGUCGUCAAAUCGUAUCUGGCUCAGACGAUGAGACGAUACGGUUAUGGGACGUAGAGACAGGCGAGCAAGUCGGGCAGCCGUUCCAAGGACAUACGGAGUCUGUCUCGUCGGUCGCAUUCUCGCCAGAUGGUCGUCGCGUUGUAUCUGGUUCAGAAGAUGAGACAGUGCGACUAUGGGAAGUAGGGACAGGCGACCAGAUAGGAGAGCCGCUCGAAGGACACGCAGACUUGGUCUCCUCGGUUGCGUUUUCACCGGAUGGUCUUUGCAUCGUAUCUGGGUCGGAAGACGAGACGUUAUUAUUGUGGAACGCAGAGACAGGGGAGCAGAUUGGACAGCCACUUGAGGGACAUACUGGCUCUAUUACGUCAGUAGCAUUCUCUCCUGAUAGUCUUUACAUCGCAUCUGGCUCGGAAGACGAGACAGUACGAUUCUGGGACGCAAAGACAGGCAAGCAAGUCGGACAGGGACUGAUAGGACACACACACUCGGUCUCAUCAGUCGCAUUCUCGCCGGAUGGUCAUCGCGUUGUAUCUGGGUCAGAUGACAUGAAAGUACGACUCUGGGAUGUCGAGGCAGGCAGGCAGAUUAGAAAGUCGCCUGAAGGACAUACAGAUUCGGUCUGCUGGGUCGCAUUUUCGCCGGACGGUCGUCGUAUUGUAUCUGGCUCCAUUGAUAAGACCAUACGAUUGUGGAAUCCAGAAACAGGCGAACAAAUUGGAGAGCCACUGGAAGGGCAUACAAGUGAUAUCAACUCGGUCAUAUUCUCACCGGAUGGUCGCCUUAUUGUAUCUGGAUCAAACGACGAGACAGUACGACUAUGGGAUGUUAAGACAGGCGAGCAAAUAGGGGAGCCAUUUGAAGGACAUACAGACGCCGUCUUGUCGGUUGCAUUCUCACCAGAUGGUCUUCGCAUUGUAUCUGGCUCGGAUGACGAGACGAUACGUCUAUGGGACACUGAGACAAGGGAGCAAAUAGGAGAGGCAUUGGAAGGACAUACAGGGCCAGUCCAUUGGGUCGCAUUCUCGCCAGAUGGUGGCCAUUUUGUAUCGGGUUCGAAAGACAAGACUAUACGGCUGUGGGAUGCAAAUACGGGCAAACAGAUGGGAGAGCCACUUGAAGGACAUACAAGCCCGGUCUUGUCUGUUGCAUUCUCGCCAGAUGGUCUUCAGAUUGUAUCCGGUUCGGAAGACAACACGGUGCGAAUAUGGGAUGCAAAGACCCGCAGGCAAAUAGGAGAGCCGCUUGAAGGACAUACGAGUGCGGUCACAUCGGUUGCAUUCUCACCUGGUGGUAGUCGCAUUCUAUCCACAUCCGAGGACCAAACAGUGCGACUGUGGGAUGCAGAGACGUACGAACAGGUUGGACAGCCACUUGUAGGGCAUACCAACUUUGUCCUAUCGGCCAAUUUCUCGCCAGAUAGUCGAUUUAUUGUGUCUGGUUCGGGUGAUGGAACUGUGCGGUUGUGGGAAUUGGCGAUCGAAAACCUCGAUUUGCUUCCUAAUCUUCAUUCUGUGAUAAGAGCUAGCCCUCUUUUCCGCUCGACGCCCUUGUCGUCUGAGUUGUCCCAGCUGUCCCAGUCAUCCUCGUCAUCCUCGUCAUCUCGGCUAUCCUCAUCCUCGUCAUCUCGGUUAUCCUCAUCCUCGUCACCUGUAUCUAAUCCUAGCUCAACUCUUUCAACAACCUCGGUUGAGGAAGGGUGGUUGCUGACACCAGAUGGCAAGCCGCUCUUCUGGGUUCCGCCUCAGUUUCGCACUGGCCUUAUUCGACACGGCGAACAGGACAUCCACAAGUUUAUUCUGUCCGACCUAUGGAACAUCAACCGCUUCAUCAAGCGAGGCGCCAACGAUGGAAGUAGCGAGAGAAUCCCCCCACUCAAAAAGCCGAACGGCACACUAACGCAAAGUAACGAGGAGAAAGCAGAGCUACUAUGCGACGCAUUCUUUCCACCUCCACCUGCACUCGCACUCCCCAGACCAAGGCCAGCACCUCAAACUGCACUUCCUCAGUGGACACCAUACUCGAUAAAGAGGGUGAGCAAGGCAGUUGGACGCCUCAAGCGCGACAAGGCACCAGGCCCGGACGGUAUCCCAAAUGCAGCAAUUCAGGAAGCACUCCCAGCUAUCAGUCCCAUCCUCAAGAAUGUAUUCAACGCGGCCAUUCGACUCCGGCACAUUCCAAAGCAGUGGAAGGAAUCAACUACAGUGGUCCUACAAAAGCCAGGGAAGCCAGCGUACAAUAUAGCCAAAGCGUACCGACCGAUCGCGCUCCUCAACACCCUCGGAAAGCUUCUCUCGGCACUCAUGGCGGAGGACCUCACCUACAUGUCCGAGCACUAUGCACUGCUCCCACACUCUCAGUUUGGUGGUCGACCAGGAAGGACAACAACAGACGCCCUUCACCUUCUCACAAGCACAAUCAAGAAGGUAUGGAGGGAGUCAAAGGUGGCCAGCGCACUGUUUCUCGACAUCCAAGCAGCAUUCCCCAAUGUCGUCAAGCCAGUCCUCAUGCAGAACAUGAGAGCAAAAGGGAUCCCAGAGGAGUAUGUGCAGACUCUCGAGAACAUGCUGACAGGCAGAUCCACGCGCCUCAAAUUCGACGAGGUGCACUCCGCACCCCGCGCUAUCACCAAUGGGAACAGCCAAGGAUGCCCACUCUCGAUGAUCCUCUACCUAUUCUACAUUGCCCCACUACUGGAGAUCGCAAACGGCAAGGACCAGCUCACCCUCGGGUUUGUGGACGACUCUACCCUGAUCGCCAUUGGCCAGAACUUCCACAACACGCACCUCGGACUGAAGGACAUGAUGGAACGUGAAGGAGGCAUACUAGACUGGUCACGUUCGCACCACUCACCACUCGAGAACAACAAACUUGGGCUUGUCGACUUCACCAUGUCAUCCGAAAAGCGCAAAGGCUCACAUCCCCUGGUCCUCGAGGCAAAGGACAGCAAUGGCAGAACAUCAACAGUAACGAUUCAACCUACCGACAGUUGCAAGUUACUUGGAGUGGUGAUCGACCAGUCACUGUGGUGGAACAAGCACCAGGAGCUCGUGCACACAAGGGCAGUAAAGUGGACCUCACUAUUCUCGCGUAUACACAGGGCAUUCCAUGGCCUCCCAAUCUGCUCAGGCCGCCAACUCUUCAACUCUGUUGCCAUUCCUUGCAUCACAUACGCCACAGACAUCUGGUACACCCCACUGUACACCAAGCCAGACUCCGCAUGCCGGAUGGGAUCCAUAGCCAUCACCAAGAAGCUGCAAGCCGUCCAACGUAGAGCCGCCAUCAGUAUCACAGGCGCUAUCCGCACAACAGCAGGAGAUACCCUUGAUGCGCACCUCAAUAUGCUACCAAUCGAAGAAACUCUACGCCUCACAUGCCAGAAGGCGGCGGCCCGGCUGGCAAGCCUGCCCGCUACCCAUCCUCUCUCCAAAUUCGUGAAACGAGCAUCAAGAGGACUCCUCCAGAGGCACAACGCCCCCCUACAUCGCAUCUUCCACUCCAUCGACUCCAAAGUAGACGACCUCGAAACCAUCACCCCAGCAUCACGCAACCCCAACGCCACUAACCCAUUCACUAUCUCAAUAGAGGAGUCGAGGAUGUUAGCAAAAGAGGCGGACAACAACAGCAACGGCAACAACGAGCGGGUAGUAGUUUAUACGGAUGGCUCAGGAAUGGAAGGCAUGAUAGGAGCAGGUGCAGUACUCUACAGAGACGGAGUACGGAUAAGGUCAGCAAGAUUCCUGCUUGGAGAAGACACGGAGCACACGGUACACGAAGGAGAACUCGUUGGAAUUGCACUCGGAGUCCAGCUAGCCAAGAUGGAAAGGAUCAUCAUACCACGUAUCAAGAUCAGCCUCGACAACCAGGCAGCAAUACAAGGAAUGGAGAACGUCAGUGCCAAAGCCGGCCAACACAUCAUCCACAAGAUCCACAGAGCAAUAGACGAACUGCGCAACGAUCAAAAGCGUAGACAAGAACUCGUAGAGGCGAGCAAUGACGAGACGAGGAUCAAUCGAUUGACUCAGAUCACUCUCACAUGGGUCCCAGGUCAUGAAGGGAUUGAGGGUAACGAAGCAGCGGACGAGGAGGCCAAGAAGGCCAUCACAGAUGGAUCAUCCACAGCAGCAACACUCCCACCAUGGACGAAGGACACCCUCCCGCAGAAUAUCUUGGCACUCAGACAGGAACUCAAACUUGCAGCAAGGAAGUCAGCACACGACAAGUGGAAAUCUUCAGCACGGUACGACAGGACCAGGCCCAUCGACGAGACAAUGCCAUCCAACAAAUAUCUCCAAAUCACAGACGAGCUAAUGAGAGCAGAAGCAGCGGCACUUAUUCAGCUACGUACAGGACAUAUCGGACUGAACAAGCAUCUGAACCGCAUCAACAGAGCGGAUGCACCAUGGUGCCCACACUGUGGAGAGGGAAAUGCAGAAAACAUAACUCAUCUCCUCCACAUCUGCCCAGCGUACAAUGCAGCGCGAGCCGAAUGGGAAGGAGCAUUGCGUGAGAAGACGAGAGAACCAGCGGAGAUACUAGGGACAAAGGAGGGAAUCAAGGAGACGUUGAAGUUUAUCAGGAGGACGGGGAGGUUGAAGAUAGGACGGGAGGAUACAAACGGAAGGGAAAGAGAGUAA